AUGGGUAAAGGUACACCAUCAUUAGGUAAAAGACACAACAAAUCACAUACUUUAUGUAACAGAUGUGGUAAAAGAUCAUUCCAUGUUCAAAAAAAAACUUGUGCAUCAUGUGGUUAUCCAGCUGCUAAAAUGAGAUCUCACAAUUGGGCUUUAAAAGCUAAAAGAAGAAGAACUACAGGUACCGGUAGAAUGUCUUAUUUAAAACAUGUUGCUAGAAGAUUCAAAAACAAUUUCCAAACUGGUGUUGCUAAACCACAAACUCAAUCAGCUUAA